AUGGAAUCGUGCCCUCUUAUCGCAGAGGGCUCACCAAGUCUCCUACUCGGGGAGAAGCUUGGUGUAUCGUCACAGCAUGUGCCAAUUGUCACUGGAACAGAGAGCGUCCGUGGCCUUGUUCCAAUCCCGCUAGCCAGAAACUACAGAGCGGACCCGAAAGACUCUCAGAAAGGGUACAGUGAGCCCAGGGAAAAGGAAGUCUACCUCAACCGCCAAUUUCUUUACGUCUCCAUCGACAAUACUCCAGUCUUGAAAUGA